AUAUACAUACGGAACUUGACCAAGGUCAACACUGGCCCUUCUUUUAUAUUUGUUUUGAUUGUGUGUUCCUGUAAUAACAAUGAGGUGUUUUUUAUAUUAUAAUUUUGAUUUUUGACAACUUGGCUCUACGUUUCUGUAAAGCUUAAAAUCAUUUAGAGAACAUUAUUAUGACUUGUCAUAGUGUAAAUAUUUGUUCUUUUAAUUUUACAUUUAUUGUGUAGGCGGCUUAUUUGCAAUUUAAUUGUAAUUUUACUGGCGUUACAAACUGUACUAAAAUAAAUAAAUAUUCUUUUUGCUUGUCCUUGUUAGCUCUAGCUUUAACUUGAACAAUUAUUUGAUAAGAUAAGUACCUCCGUGCUUUAUGUAACACAUAUGAACAAUGCAGUUUCGGCGCGCGGGACGUAGACAAUAGUCUAGCAUAAUCAUUGUCAAUCUCCCAGCAAGGGCAGUGUUCAUUAAAACACUAGCACCGUCGGCGAUCGUAUUCUGAAUGGGUACGCCUAGCGUCUCGGUUGGAGUUAUUUAUUUCAGUGAGCUUCCUUGUUAGCAGUUGUUUCGGUUUCAGACAGGCACCACACACUACGGAGUGUGCCAUUGAUGUGGCAACUGCGGGUUCAUAGCGUAACGGUCAUUGACUUGAAGAGUAUAGAAGAUUCUUCAUCAUGGGAGAGAGUUUCAUGGAGUUAUUCUGUGGGUCACCAUUUCUGGACGACAACCUGACGUGGUACACGGAGGAUCCGGAUGUGACACCGUGCUUCCAGAAGACUGUGUUGGCAUGGCUGCCCUGCGUCGUCCUGGGGGCCCUGACGCCAGUUGAGGCAUACUACUUCCUGUGCAAGUGCAAGGGCUUCAUCCCCUGCAACUGGCUCAACAUGACCAAGCUGGUUAUCUGUGGAUUGUUAUUUGUUCUGAAUAUCACUGACUUGAUAUUCACCAUUUAUCAAGCUUCUCAAGACUUUGAAGUCUUUCUUGUGGAUUACUGGACACCUGUCAUAAAGGCAGCAACAUUUCUGCUGUGUGCCGUGCUGAUACACUACAACAGGAGGAGCGGGCUGCGUACGUCGGGCCCACAGUUUGUGUUCUGGCUGUUGUCUGCGCUGCUGGGGGCCGUGCAGUUCCGAUACCAGAUCAGGAGGGCCCAGUUAGAGGAUCCACCGGACCCGUACUUCCCUGUGGUGACCUACAUCCUCUGCUACGUGCUAGUGCUGGCCAUGCUAGUUAUGUACUUCAUUCCGGAUUCUCCCCCCAUCAAGUCACCUUUCCCACCCGUCCAAAAGCCGUGUCCGUGGCUGGCAGCUUCCUUCCCGGCCAGGCUGUUCUUCAGCUGGCUGGACGGCUUCGUGUGGAAGGGCUACCGCACCCCUCUCAAGGACCAGGACAUGUGGGACCUCAUCCCAGAAAACACUGCCAAUCAUGUGGUCACCGAGUUCCAGAAGCACUGGCAGCGCUCUCUCUCAGUGCAUGCAGACUCAGCUGGUCCUCAAGCCAUGUUCAACCACAACUCUGGCAGUAUCGACUUUGCUGGUGGGAAGGCCAAGAAGAAACAGCCAUCGUUCCUCCCGGCCCUCUGCAAGAUGUUUGGGCUGGUGUUUCUGGCUGGCUCCGCAGUUCGUGUGGUGGCAGAUUUCCUGCCUUUCAUCAAUCCACAGUUGUUGAGCCAACUGAUAGCCUUCGUGGGUAGCGAUGAGCCAAUGUGGCAUGGAUUCGUCUACGCUGGCUUAAUGCUGGUGGCAUCCAUCUUACAGACGCUGGUGAACUCUCACUUCCAGUUCCACAUGUUCGUCAUAGGCCUUAAGGCUCGCACCGCAAUCAUCUCCAUCAUAUACCAGAAGGCACUGCGCAUGUCGAGUGGGGCCCGCAAGGAGUCCACAGUUGGAGAGAUAGUAAACUUGAUGGCUGUUGAUGCCAACAGGAUCAUUGAAGUGACAAUGCACCUCAACAUGUGUCUCACUGCCCCUCUGGUCAUAGGGAUGUCUCUCUACUUCCUCUGGCAGAUUCUUGGCCCGUCGGUUCUCGCGGGACUGGUGUUCAUGGUGAUCCUCGUACCGGUGAACAGCUACAUCGCCAGGAAGGUAAAAUCCCUGCAGAUCCGCCAGAUGAAGAGCAAAGAUGUGCGGCUGCGCAUGAUGAAUGAGAUCUUGAACGGCAUUCGCGUGCUGAAGCUGUACGCCUGGGAGCCGUCGUACGAGCAGGAGAUCUACAAGAUACGAGACAAGGAGGUGAAGGUACUGAAGGAGGCGGCCUACUUCAACGCAGCCACUUCCUUCAUCUGGUCCUGCGCACCGUUCCUGGUUUCGCUCGUGACAUUCGCAACGUACGUGCUAGUGGAUGAGCACAACAUCUUAGAUGCACAGAAAGCAUUUGUGUCACUCUCUUUGUUCAACAUCAUGCGCAUGCCUCUCAUGAUGAUACCCAUGGUCAUGAACUCACUGAUUCAGGCCCAUGUAGCUUUCAAGAGAAUCAACAGAUAUCUGAGGGCUGAGGAGCUAGAUUUGUGUGCUGUAACCCAUGACAACGAAAAGAGCCCGCUGAUCGUGGAGAAGGGAGUGUUUGCGUGGGGGCGGGACGAGGCUCCCGUGCUGACGGACAUCAGCAUGAGGGUGAACGAGGCUGAGCUGGUGGCGGUGGUGGGGACGGUGGGCGCGGGCAAGAGCUCUCUCAUCUCCGCGCUGCUCGGCGAGAUGGACCGGCUGAGCGGCCGAGUCAACACUCGGGGCUCGAUGGCGUACGUCCCACAGCAGGCCUGGAUACAGAACGCCUCCCUGAAGGACAACAUCAUGUUCGGCCGCGCGCCAGACAACCAGCGCUACCAGCAAGUGGUGGAGGCAUGUGCUCUGCUGCCCGACUUCAAGGUGCUGCCUGGCGGGGAUGAGACUGAGAUAGGAGAGAAGGGCAUCAACCUCAGCGGAGGUCAGAAGCAGCGAGUGUCUCUCGCCAGAGCCGUGUACAACAAUUGUGACGUGUACCUGUUGGACGACCCUCUCAGCGCCGUCGACAGCCAUGUCGGGAAACACAUCUUCGAGAAGGUGAUCGGACCAACAGGCAUGCUGAAGAACAAGACUCGCCUGCUCGUCACGCACGGCAUCACGUACCUGCCGGAGGUGGACGACAUCAUAGUGCUGAAGGACGGGCAGAUAUCGGAGCGAGGCACCUACAAGCAGCUGGUGAACAAGAAGGGAGCGUUCGCUGAGUUCCUGGAGCUGCACUUGCAGGAGAUAGUGGAGAACGACGCCACCUCGGAGGCAGACUUUGAAGAGCUGAAGCAGCAGUUGGAGGGUGACCUUGGCACAGAUGAGUUCCAGCGCAAGCUGAGCAGAGCGAUAUCGAAGGUCUCAGAGUCGCGCAGCUUGUCCGGGUCCAUUGGAGACACCCAGUCGCUGAGACGACGAUUCUCUGUGGCGAGCACCAAGUCCGGCACGCUGUCUGCCAGUCGCAGUGGCAGUCGCAGUCACCUGAACAAAGUCCCGGCGCCGGGGGACAAGCCGGCUCCGGUCGUCGGCAGGAAGCUCAUAGAGGCGGAGAAGGCUGAAGUGGGCAGUGUGAAAUGGGAUGUGUACAAGCAUUAUAUGAAGUCAAUAGGCUUCAUCCUAAUGCUGGCCACACUCAUUUUCAACGCUGUCUUUCAAGGCUUCCAGGUGGGCUCAAACUUGUGGCUCACAGUGUGGUCGGAGAACAGCUACGGCACGAUGAACGCGACCACCAACCUGACAGAGACGACGCCUCAGGACCUGUACCUCAGCGUGUACGGUGUGCUGGGGGUUGGUCAGGUGGUCAGCACAUGCAUCGCCACGCUGGCCAUCAGCAUCGGGACCAUCAACGCAGCGACGCUGCUCCACAACGGCAUGCUCGCCAACAUCCUGCGCCUGCCACAGUCGCUGUUCGACACCACUCCCGUCGGCCGCAUCCUCACGCGCUUCUCCAGCGACGUCAACGUGCUGGACACCAUGUUCCCCAUGAUCAUCCGGGCCUCCAUCCCCAACAUCUACCGGGUUGCAGCAACAUUUGUGGUCAUCAUCUACAGCACACCUAUAUUCAUAGCCAUCUUCAUUCCUCUGUCAGUAGUCUACUACUUCAUGCAGCGGGUGUAUGUAGCGACUUCACGGCAGAUGAAGAGACUCGAGUCUGUGACCAGGGCUCCUGUCUACUCACACUUUGGAGAAAGUAUCACAGGCGCUCCCAUCAUAAGAGCCUAUGGUGUUCAGGAGAAGUUCAUUAAGGAUUCUGAGAUGAAGGUGGACUACAACCAGAUGUGUGUGUUCCCAAGUCAUGCCUGCAGCAGUUGGUUGGCCAUUAGGCUUGAGACAAUUGGCAGCCUUAUUAUAUUCUUCUCAUCAUUAUUUGCUGUGCUUGCUCGAGACACGAUGAAUGCUGGCUUCGUGGGACUGUCUGUUAGCUACGCCAUGCAGAUAACAAAUACACUAAACAUGCUGGUGAGGAUGGCAUCUGAUAUUGAAACCAACAUUGUAGCUGUGGAGAGGAUCAAAGAGUAUUCGGAGUACGAACAGGAACCUGCAUGGGAGAAACCAAAUGAGCAGGUAACUUCGGAUUGGCCAACCGGCGGCAAGGUGGAGUUCCGCAACUACCAGUUAAGGUACCGAGAGGGACUGCCGCUCGUACUGAAGGGGAUAAACUUCACCAUUCAGGGAGGGGAAAAGGUGGGAAUCGUGGGCCGCACCGGAGCCGGCAAGUCCUCCCUCACGCUGGCGCUGUUCCGCAUCAUCGAGGCGGCCGGGGGAGCCAUCCUGAUAGACGAUGUCGACAUCGCGACGCUGGGGCUGCACACUUUGCGCUCGCGCAUCACCAUCAUACCGCAGGACCCGGUGCUGUUCUCCGGGACUCUGCGCAAGAACCUGGACCCCUUCGAAAGGGUGUCUGACGACGCCCUGUGGGCCGCAUUGGAGCACGCUCACCUCCGGGCGUUCGUGAAGGGGCUGCCGACGGGCUUGAGCCACGAGGUGUCCGAGGGCGGAGAGAACCUCAGCGUGGGGCAGAGACAGCUCAUCUGCCUGGCCAGGGCUCUGCUCAGGAAGACCAAGGUGCUGGUUCUGGACGAGGCGACGGCGGCCGUCGACCUCGAGACGGACGACCUCAUUCAGGCAACCAUAAGGAAAGAGUUCAAAGACUGCACAGUGCUGACAAUUGCCCACAGGCUUAACACAAUUGUGGAUUCAGACAGGGUGAUUGUCCUUGAUGAUGGCCGAGUGAUAGAGUACGACUCCCCUGAUGCCUUGCUCCAGAACAAGGAGUCUGUGUUCCACGGCAUGGCCAAGGAUGCAGGCAUCGUCUGAUGAGUUCCAGUACUCUUGCGGCCAUGACGGGAUCUUCACUCCACACACACACAUCUGCAGAAUAACAUUCCAUAGUCACUCCCAUGUUCAGUUACGUUUUUGGUUGUGGGUGACCACUGUAACCUGUUGCCAAUCUUUGAGUUUGUUAACGGUCUGGGGGUAUAAGUGUUUUAUCGCAUAAUGUUCACAAAUUUUAUGCUAAUAUUUAGUUUGAAAAGUAGGGAUGAGACUUUUAUUCGAGAAAAGCAUUCUUUGUUGAGUUUUUCAUAUAAACAAAACAUGUUGCAUGGAAAGUAUAACUAUUGUCGAAGUGCGAGAUAUAAAUAUUCCACUACGGACGCGCACUCUAUAGCGGCAUCAAUGUAACCAAACAUUAAUGAUGCUAACUAGCGCUGGCUAUAUUAUUAUAUGUGCUACAUAAAGUCUUUAGAAAAUUUACACAUCGGACAACUUUCCAUGCAUUUUAAUUAUAUAAGCGGUAAUAUCCUAAAGAAUAAUGUAUUUUAACUUUAAAAUAUCAGAAGUUUAUGGACAAUAUCUUACGCAGGAAAAAAUAAAAUAUCUUAAGGAGAAAAUGGAGGCACUGAAAUGUUAGACCAUAUUGGACUGAAAAUCGCAUUGUGCAGGUACCUCUUAAAUGAGUUUUACUGUAAUUGUGAUUAUUGUAUUUUUCCAUUAUAAUUACUAUACUGCCUUACAGCAACUUUCAAAACAGAUUGCUAUAACACACUGCUUCGUCGUAUGAUCUUUGGCAAGGCCAUGUGUACUACCUACACAGGGAGCACGAAAUAUAACAGCGGGACAAAAAUGAUCAUGCAAUUUUUAUGCAAGGACGAUUCUUUUUUCCAAAAUUUUGUUGCCCUAAAAUAACAUUCCAAUGAUUAUGCAAGUGUGACAAUUAUGCGAUAAAACACUGUAUUAAGUUCAGUGGUUCUCAAAGUUUGUGCCCUAAAUGAUUUCCGAGUGUACUUUGUGGUAUUCCAGAGAAAUGUGUGUCCUGAUAUAAAAAUAAACAUACUUACUCUAUUAUACCAUUUUAUCACAGAUAUAUUAUUCUUUUUGUUUAAACAUUAUUAUUAUGUGUUAUUUGAAUGAUUCUACAAGUUUUGCUUGAACAGUGACAUUAUUAUUAUAACAUAUUUGAUAUUUCUCAUAAAUUUGAUGAAGAUGUGCCAUCAAUUAUUGAUAGGCUUUAAAUGCACCUCGACUUCAAAAAAAGAUUGAGAACCAACAAUUUAUUUAAUUAACAAUGUGGCUGGUGUUCAUUAAAUGUGAUGUAUUUUUAUGAAAACAGAGUGAGCAUGGUUUCAUAGUUUGGUUUGCACAGUUAGGUAAGCUAAAUAUUUUGAGGUUAAACAAGUGGAAUAGUACUUUUCUUUUCCUCAUGUCUUCAUGCCAGUACUUAAUUUUGGAAUUUUUUUUUAUUAAUUUGCAACAUGAAUAUCCAGUGAACGCUCCAGUAUAGCUGCUGUGUUCAGAGAGAACCUUGUAUUUCUCUUCGAGAUCUAAGCUGGUCUUUGUAUGACAUGUUGAAUUAGAAGACAAACAGUUAUGUACUAACUAAUACAUAGUUACUGUUGUAAUUUUUUUUUUCAUGAAUUAUGUGAGCAUGGGUAAACAUUAACAGGGUAAACUUGAUUGAUGGAUAUGUUAUAAAAAAAUUUGUUUUAUAUUUUGAAAAGAUUAAAUGGAAAUAUGAUUAUAUUUAUUUGUUUAUUUUGAUACAUUUAAUAAUAUUUUUUGUUUACUUUUUAGUACUUAAAACAGUAUUUAUAGUCCUGUAGCUACAGCUUGUAACACCUCAUAGAAUAUUAAAUAAUGAAAAAUAAUGUGUGUUGUUACUUUGGGAUUAAUGAAUCGGUGCUAUUUCACUGUUUUGAUGUUGAACACUUUUAUUUGAAAGUAUUUUUUAAAGUUGUAGGGUAUUAUUUUUUUAAUUUUAGUAAACAGAGGACAUUACUCUGUUAGUUGUUUGAUGAAGGUGUUACAGAUUUGACUACACGAGCAACUUUUAUUUAUGUAGAAAAUAAUUAUAUAAUUUCUUGUUACUUAUCAAAAUAAUAUGAAUUUAUCAAUUCCACAUUUCUUGUAUCACAAUAAUAUCAGAAGAAAGUAAAGGUUAAAUGUAUUUCUGCUUUUAGUACAUAUUGUAUUUUCAGUUUUUGUGUGGGUUCGUGGUGGCCAUGUGUGCUUGAAUCCUUGAAAAGCUGAAAAUUUGCUUGAAUUUUGGCUUUCAUCCUGGAUUUGUAUUGUUUCAUAAAUUUAUUUUGACCUGUAUAGUGAAUAAAUACUAUAUUUAA